GGAGCGUGUUUUGCAACCGCGGGGGGCAUCGGGAUUGAUGAUAGGGAUGUUUCCAUCAUGGCGGCAUCUAUUUCAGGUUACACUUUUAGUUCUGUGUGUUAUCACAGCGCCAACAGCAACUCAGAUCAUGAGGGCUUCCUAUUAGGAGACGUGAGGCAAGAAGAGACCGUCAGCAUCAGUGACACACAGAUUAGCAGUGCAGAACUGCUCCAGGUAGUAGAAAUCCAUAACCAUGAUCCUUGUGCACAGUUGUUUAGCUUUUAUGACUACGCAGGCAAAGUCAAUGAAGAAAAUCUCAACAGCAUUCUUAAAGAUAGGCGGAAAAAUGUCAUUGGUUGGUACCGGUUCCGGAGGAACACGCAGCAGCAGAUGUCGUUCAGGGAACAGAUCAUCCACAAACAGCUGACUCAGCUGCUCGGUGUGCCCGACCUCGUCUUCCUUCUUUUCAGCUUCAUCUCCACAGCCAACAGCUCCACACAUGCACUGGAGUACGUGCUCUUCAGACCGAACCGCAGUAGGUACAACCAGAGAAUCACCCUCACAAUCCCAAACCUUGGCAACACAAGCCAGCAGGAAUACAAAGUCUCCUCAGUGCCCAACACCUCACUCAAUUACGCCAAGGUCAUCAAAGAGCAUGGGGCUGAAUUCUUUGACAAAGAUGGUGUGAUGAAGGAUAUCCGAACAAUAUUUCAAGUCUACAGCGCACUACAAGAUAAAGUCCAGGCCGUGUGUGGGGAGGUAGAACAAAGUGAACGUGUGAAGGAGAAAAUUCAAGAGGAUGUGAACAAACUCAAACAACAAAUUGCUCUCAGGAAAAGCAAGACAGCAGAAGAGGAGAGAAGGCUCCGUGAAGCCCAGAAUCCAGACUCUCACUCCAAUCCAGAGGAGAACACAGAGCCUUCUGAGACUUCCCUUCUGUCCAGGAUAGCUUUCCACACACCCUCUGCACCGGAGCGGCCCAGUACCUCACCUAACCCACCUUCUUAUGCUGACCUCUUGUCCCAGGAUGACUCUCUGCUCUCCUCCUCCUCGCCCCCUACCAGUGCUGCUCUACUGCCCCGGCCCCAAGCCGUGGGCUCACCAGGACACCCCACCCCGGGCCUGCUGGGGAUGGGACUGGGCCUCGGGAUGGGUCUGGGCCCCGGUGCCAGCUCUAAACCGGUCACCACUCCCAGCACCCCAUACCUUGGCAAUGGUGACGGAUCAAGCUCUGACUCAUUAGACAGACAAGCUGCAGGGCAGGAGGAUGACGAAGAUGAUGAGGACGAGGAUGAGGAUGAGGACAGUAGCGAAUAUGAGAAUUUAGUGAGCGAAGCCACUCAUCUACCGAUGGUCUCUGGCAGCGUUUUAGCUCAUGGCCGGCCAGCUGCUCUCAGUCCUGACGGGGACGCUCGUGGCUCACAGACCACAUAGAAACAUGCCACAGGGUGUGAACGGGACACAUAUAAGUGACGCACCUUGAGAGGUGGGCAUCUCAAGCAAUCAAAGAUAGACAAAUAUAGACUAAAGAAGUGCCAGUCCUGAAAGUGAAAGGCAUGCGCAGGUGGUGUCCCGCUGUGUGUAUUUCUUCUUGUCUUAGUCUGAUCUCCAUUUUAAGGGGAAACCUUGUCGGGCUUUGCAGGCUUAACAGGUGUGUCUCACUGGGGGGAAAAGUUGUCUGUUUUCAUUCUUUAUUUUUUGGAAUGGGGGCUGUCUGGGUACUUCAGUAUGGAACGUGUCCGGUUUCAGGGUCAGAAGUGGAUAUUACAAUGCAAUUUCUGCCAACUGGUUGGCCAGCCCACUCCCUAAAAGACAGGCCCAGCUGCGCUCAUUCUUUAUCAUUUUGCUUCACAUUUGCAUCACCAACUCUGAGCACCCACUCUUGCAUUACCUCUUGCACUAUUGUUUUUUUUUUUUGCCUUCUUUUUAACAAACCAUCUAAAAUUUGGAAAAAAAAAAGCAAAGGCAGAAUAUUCUUCAGCCUUCAAACAUUUUUUUAAAAAGAAGUAGGCAAAUGGUUGUUAACUUUAUUUUUUAAUUUGAAGAAAGAGAGAUAUAUAUGUAACUAGAAUUUCUUUAAAAUGCACAAUUGUCAUAUUUGAUUUUGGAUUUGUCCAUUAUUACAUGUUCAUUUCCAUGUUAGCAACCCAGUCUUUAAUGAAUCAUGCAGUUGCCUAUUUAAAUGAUGAGGAAUAGAUCAAGCUAAAUUUACUCAGCCACUUCUAUUAUGGGUGCUUUAUAUAUACAUAUAUAUAUAUAUAUUAUUUUUUUUGUCAGAUUAACAGUUAAUCUAAUUUGAUUGACAUGAAUGUCAAUGUCUCGUUCUUCUUGGAUAACACUGAAAUUGUAUGCGCUUUGCUGCACUUAACAAAAUUUAAGAUUUCUUUAUUAUUGUGCUAUACCAAUGCUGUCAUGUUGUGCCACUUGAGUAGUCCUCUUUGACCACCCUGAGCUGAACUCGGCUCAGCUUUUGUGCGUUGUACGAGGUUCACAGGGCAAACACAAUGUACUGUAGCUUUACUAACCAGAUGCUUAAGGUUCCCUUCUGCUGCUGCAACACAGAGAGCUACCACUAAAAAAAAACUGCAUCUGUCUGUUCUUCAUAUAAAAACCUGGCUGCUACUUCCACUUCACACUGCUGGUUGUCUCCAAUACUACUGACCGUGAUCAUAUAACCACUUCAAGCUCACUUCUCACUGACUUGUUCUCUAUUAAAGUCAUCAUGGAAGGCUGAUACCCCCCUGUAGUGUGUGAAUUGUAACCUUGGGAACAGAGAGCGUGAGAUCACCUUCCUGUCUUGGCGUAGUUGACGGCAGACCUCAUGUAUUCUGACCUGGUUGGGUUAACGUUACAUGUAUGGACCUGGAUAAUGUGAUGAAAACAUUAUGACCUUGCUUCAGUAUACAGUGCCUUCCACUCAGGGCAGUUUCUAUCUGCACACAGAACACAUUCACAGAUCUAUCGUGAGGGGUAACAUGAUAACAAACUGUAUUGUGUUUGCAAUAAUCAACUUUUUUUUUUUUUUUUUUUCCCUCCCCGACCUGCAGUUAUUUGCCUCCUUUUUCCAUUAUGUGGUGUUUUGUCUACCUGAAACGAUCUUAACUGCUUCCUGAAGCUGUUUUCCCUUUUUACUUUAACUGGCGGCUUCUAAGUGGACCUGUAUCUCAUGAUUGCAACUGUGACUUUGCUUGUUUUAUUAUUUGAAACUGGAAUUAUAACUGUUAAGACAGAGGGAAUCUGCUCGGUCAUUGAUAUGCCCAUCAAGGCAAAGUUAGUAUGCUGAGUGUGACUAAUGGGCCAUUUGAAGACAACUGAGUAACAAGGUGUGGAUGGAUUGGGCGCUAUAUGUGGAACCGGUCAAUCGUAGACACUGUUAUAUUUAGCAUGAGCAGACAUUUGUACUGCACAUGGCAGGUGUUUUAAUGUGGUGAUCAGCAGGUCAUUUGCAAAUGAAGACAUUUUAUGGUGGUGAAAUGUUGGGAGAAGCAUUGCCUCGUGAACAAGCUCCACUUUAUUUACACAGCCUGUUUGUAUGUCAUGUUUUUUGCCUUAGGGUCAUUUCAUUUGCCCUGAUGUGUAAUGCCAAUGCAUCACUUUGUCGGGAACUGGCACUCAAAAUGUUACUUUAUAAUCACCCAGAGUAACUCAAUCACACAAUGUUAAGAAGUGACAAAAUCAGUUUGUUAGGAGUGUGGUUUCCUUUGAGUACUGGAAUAUAAUGAGGAAAUAAAUAAUGAAUGUAUAGUAGAUAAGGGAGGGGGGGUAGCAUUUAAACAGCACUUACUGUAUAAGCUUGUCUCAGUUUUGUGGUGGUAUAGAGCAGCAGUUCUCAGUGUAAGUCCUCUUUCGUAAUCCUGGUCCUCAGGCUCUUAGAUGAUUGCUGUUUCUGUCUCUUUUUUUGGUCAUAUCAGGUAGUUUACACUUCAUCCCCAGGUGAAACCCUGAUUCAAUGACCAAAUUGAAAACCAACAGGGCUCUGGAGGACCACUGGUAUAAAGCAUGAGAGGACUAACAUUGUUAGGAUCCUAUACCUUUCAAGUUCUGACAUAAUACAAAUAAUACAGUCAUGUACUCUUACUAUAUGGGGUGACCCUUCCCUUCCUUCCCCGAGUGGGCCAUUGCAACAUCAACACCUCCCUGAAGCACAAAGUCCAGUGCACAGCUUACAUCUUCUCUGCUUUCAUCUGGAUUUGUGUACUUGACGAAAGUAGACGAAGGACUUGUUAGGACGAGCACAGAAAAUAUGGUUCUCAAACUGGGGGGGGAUAAUAAAUGAGACAUGCAUAUGUGA